AUGUCAGUUGAAUGGAAACGGCUAUGUUUAACAACAGCUGGAUGUCACGAAUCUCGUUUCCGAAUUAUUAUGUUCAAUGAAAUUAGCAAUAUUCAGUUAAUCAAGAGUUGGACCAUUGGUGAUGGACAAUUUCAGGAUAAACCGCGAUCAUUCAUCAGUAGUUGGGAAAAUGGCACGCCAAAUGCGAUAACCAUAAGUUCAGAAGUUGCUGGGAUCGAUCCCACUUAUAAAUUUCCAAGAAUAUGUGAUUUAUCAAAAAAUUUCACAAUGUACGAUCAAUCAAAAAAUAAUCAGAUAUCUACACGUAUGAGACUUGACCAUCAAUUAAUUAUGGAAGAUGAAAAUGGUAAAAUGAUGAUUGAAUUGAAAGGCCGAUGUUUCAAUGUAACUUUGGCCCUAACAAAAUUUGAGGAACGUUGUCCUUGGUGUUCAGUAUCAAAUGAUGUAACUGUUAUUGAAAACCAAUAUGCGGAGGAUGAUCAGAAAUUCGAUUUCAUUCGAACAUUUUUAACGGACGAUCACUGGUUAUUUGGCGCCAUAAUAAUACUAGCAUUUGUUGCAACGAUUUCUUGCAUUGCUUUCGCUUGCUUGCUGAAAGCAUUUUUGCAACAAAAACAAAUAUACUCAUCUAAAAAGUCACGAUUUGUGGGAUGUUCGCAUAAUUUUGCAGUAAUAGAAUCACCAUGCACUUCAGAAAAUAGUAGCAAGUAUGAAAUUCCUUGGGAUCAAAAAUAUCGAAUCUUACCUCGAUGGACAAGUAUUCAGAGUGAUGAAACAGUUUCAUCUCCAGUUGAUAGCUCAACUUCAUCGUCAAGCCAAUACUCAAAAACAAUGCUCAGUGUAAAUGAAUACGUUUCUCCAGGCAUUUUGAAUUCUACGCACCAUGAGAAUUGUCGCUAA